GUGCUGCUUUGCUGUGUUCCGGGGUCUAUAUCCCAACUUGGAAACAGGCGCUCGGCAAGAGCUACUGUGAAUUUGGUGUUGUUGUGGCACCAAAUCCUCCGAAAGACUAUCGUUUAUGUGAUUUAUGAGAUGUCGCGUGACAGAAACGCGCGUGGUCGUCGUCGGUAAAGUCAGAGCGCUGGACAAUGCUACCCGGUUAGUGCGAGGUGGUUGCUAGCUGGCUAAGGAAGUUAGCCAGUUAGCUAGCAAUCCGCCUGCCGGAGGCUGUUCUCUUGUUUCGCGCAUUUCAAGUCUGUUAACCGCCCUCAGCAACUGUUUAACCUGUUCCUCAUCGAGAGCGUUAAGCCGGAGUUUCGCCAAUCACAGAUAUAAAAGAGGAGAAACUUUACAAAUCGUUGUGUAAAAUGGGGAGUAGGCGGUGUUUCUCCUGAGCGGCUGAUUUUCUGCCACUGCUGCUCUUUUGUUUUCACAAAGGAAGAGGAGCCGCAUUUCUUUAUCAUUUUACACCACCUCGCAUUUGGUGGUGGGAGAGUUUCUUUGAUCUUUGUCUUCUUUUUUUCACUGUUGUAAUGGCUCCUCACAAGCAGAGCCAUCCGGUGGGUUUGGGGUCUGGAGGUAAACCCAAUGGGUUGUACCACCACCAGCCGUCCUCCGCCUCGAUGGCUGCAGCCAAGAAGCCCAACAUGCAACUUAUUCAAGCCGACCACGAGUUGUUCCUGCAGGCCUUCGAGAAACCAACCCAAAUCUACAGGUUUCUCCGCACAAGAAACUUGAUUGCUCCUAUCUUUUUGCACAGGACACUCACUUACAUGUCCCACAGAAACUCAAGGAAUAACGUCAAAAGGAAAAAUUACAAGGUUGACAAUCUUCUGUUUAAAGUGGAAAAGAUGAGAGGGGAGCAGGAGACUCACAGCUUGGCCUCCAAUCUUCAGCUCACCUUUACUGGCUUCUUCCAUAAAGCUGGAAAACUCUCUCAGGACAGCGAGAACGAGCAGAACUCGGUGUCUCUGGAGGUGCUCCUGGUCAAAGUCUGCCACAAGAAGAGGAAGGACGUGAGCUGUCCGGUGAAGCAGGUCCCCACAGGAAAGAAGCAGGUCCCUCUGAACCCAGACACGAGCGCCGGGGUCCAGGCCAAGCUGAGCUCCUACCCCUCCCUGCUGGUUCCCAGCAGCGAGUUUGAACCCAGCAACUCUCACAUGGUCAAAUCUUAUUCGCUGCUCUUCAGAGUGUCACGACCCGGGCAUCCACGAACACAGAUCAACGGGCUGGCCAACGGCGAGAUUCACCACAGCAGAGACUUUUCAGAAGAAGCCGUGAACAGGAAAAGGAGGAGCUCCGCUCUCAGGGAGGAGGGAGAAACCACAUUUGUAGCUCAGAUGACAGUCUUUGAUAAAAACAGGCGUCUGCAGUUAUUGGACGGCGAGUACGAGGUGUCCAUGCAAGAGAUGGAGGAGUGUCCCGUCGGUAAGAAGAGGGCGACCUGGGAGACCAUCCUAGAUGGAAAGCGUUUGCCUCCGUUUGAGAGCUUCUCUCAGGGUCCAACGCUGCAGUUCACGCUGCGCUGGACCAGCGACUCCGCCGAUCAUUCCACCGCACCCGUGGCCAAACCGCUCGCCACCCGCAACUCCGAAACCAACCAGGACACCCGACCCAGCACCCUGAGAGCCACACACACACCAACUGUGAAAGAGUCGGUAAAUACAGAUGUGCAAACCAGAAGAGAACAAGUCUUAUCUGAGCCUCGACAGAAACUACGAAUCUUCUACCAGUUUCAAUACAACAACAACACACGGCAGCAGACCGAGGCCAGGGAUGACCUCCACUGUCCGUGGUGCACGCUGAACUGCAGGAAGCUGUACAGUCUCCUCAAACACCUCAAACUGUCCCACUCCCGCUUCAUCUUCAACUACGUGCCCCAUCCCAAAGGAGCAAAGAUCGAGGUCUCUAUCAACGAGUGUUACGAUGGGUCGUAUGCAGGAAAUCCUCAGGACAUCCACAGCCAGCCGGGCUUCGCCUUCAGCAGGAACGGCCCCGUGAAGAGAACCGCUGUCACCCACUUUCUGGUCUGCAGACCCAAGAGGACAAAGCCGAGCCUGUCUGAGUUUCUGGAGUCUGAGGAUGGCGAUCGGGAGGCGCAGAGGACGUACAUCAGUGGCCACAAUCGCCUGUACUUCCACAGUGACAGCUGCCUGCCGCUGAGGCCCCAGGAGAUGGAAGUGGACAGCGAGGACGAGAGGGACCCCGAUUGGCUCAAAGAGAAGACUGUAAAGCAAAUCGAGGACUUCAUGGACGUGAACGAGGGGGAGAAGGAGAUCAUGAAGCUGUGGAAUCUGCACGUCAUGAAGCGUGGCUUCAUCGCAGAUAACCAGAUGAACGAAGCGUGUCUGCUGUUUGCUGAACACCACGCUGCCGUCAUCGUCAAACGCAACCUGUGUCGCAAUUUCCUGCUCCACCUGAUCAGCAUGCAUGACUUCAACCUGAUCAGCACGCUGACCAUCAACCAGGCCAUGGCCCGGCUCCGCCUCGUCGAGAGCCAGGCCACCCAGAGAGACAAAGAGGAGGACGAGGAGGAGGAGGAGGACUGGGAGACGGCCGUGGAGUCCCAGCCGGAGCUGGAUCCCGACCCUGAUCCCGAUCCAACAGAGUUUAAAACCUGCAGUGACGUGACCACCAACGGCUCCCCGGAGACUGGAAACCAGCUGGUGGAGGAGGGCGGCGAGAAGCCGCACACCAAGCAGAAAUUGUCCGGCUUCGGCUCGGUUUUAAAGUGACUGCUCGGCUGGAGCGCCACAAAGAUUCCCGAACAGAGCGGGAAGACUGAGGCCUGAGGCCGGAAUCAGCAAACAGGUGUUAAACACACAUGGGUUACUGCAGGGAUUCUCAAAGGCAGGUUACACCAGGAUCAAAAUGAACUUCACAUCCUCAAAGUCACACAUUCAAAUCGAAGAGACGCUUUAUGGUUUCACAGUUCAUCGACGCUGAGAAUUUUGAAUUAUUUUUUUAAUUAUUUUCACGUUUUUUCCAUGUUGUUUGUCCUGUUUCUGUAAAUGUUUGAGUGUUUAACUCUGAGGUGCUCCAGUUUUAUUUCCAGCCUGACAGAGCUGUGGAGUGAGCACAAAACAGGUUCGGUCUUAGGGCUGGAGGUGCAGAAGUCGGUCGUACGUCUUCUGCAGAUGUCGAGUUGCCUUCAAAAGAGGCGUCAACAUUUCAUGCAGCAGCUGCGAAUUCAAACAGGAGGAGAUGGUCCAUCUGCUCGGGACUAUUUUCAGCAGCGGAGUGAUCCGUAUUUGGUGCUCUCUUUGGUGCUACUUUGCCUCUCGAGACUCUUCGUCGGUGCUCUGAGUCAUUUUGUGUUCACUCCAUCGUUCAAACCUCAUGUCAGUCUUCCUCAGAGUGAAGCAUCAAUCAGUGACCUUCCAGGCACCCUCAGCUCCACCAAAGGUUUUCUUUUAGCAGGGAGUGUGUGCACAUGCUCAGUAGAGUCACGGUUAAGGCGUCUAUUGGGUGUCAAGAGUGCCGCCGUACUGCAAAAGGAAGUUUGACCAGUUAUUAUCAAAAAAGGUCAGGGUUGAACCGCUGAGUGUCAGGAGGUGACUGAUCACGACUCGAGACGCCUGUUAGAGUCGUUAACAGGUGUUUUUACCUGGAGACACCACAAAGUUCAUAUUAACUGUUAACGAGACCGAUGCUCAAAGCUAAGAUAGACUCUCUGCACUUGUGUCAUUUAUUAACGUUUAAACAAGAGUCUGAAAGUAGUCCCCCCCCCAAUAUGUAUUCCUGUUGAGCCCCGCUCAUCUGAAAAUCAUGUUCAUAAUAAUUCUGUGAGUCAGAAUAUGAAGAAAAUAUAUUUUUGCUCAUACUGUGGAGCAUUACCUUUCACUAUCCGAGCUCAAGGGAUCUCAUAAGAUCAGUGAUGUUGUUUUCCGUGUGAUUCAGCUGCUUGUUAACUCAAACAAAACGAGACAAAAGUCUCCGAGCUUUCUUUGAUCGGGUUAAUCAGGAAGUUAAUCCUCAGGUUGGGUUAAUUUUUGGCAUCCAGUGAUCAUGAAAAUAAGAUAAUCUGAAUUAAAUGGUUAGUUUUUGUUUUGUUUUGUUUUUUCCCAUUAGUUUUUGCUGCAACGCUCUCGCUUUGUAUCGUUAAAGAUAAAGUGAAGACAUUUCCUUUGCACGCGUUUUUCUCGCUUUUGGUGUUUUUAGUUCAGCUCGAGCUGAGACGAUGAAAACUGGCUCCUGCCAAUGAGUUUUAUCUGAGGGUUUAUUGCGCGGUCUGCCUUCUGGCGACAUAGACAGGACUGUUUGAACAUGUGACUCUGCUGUACUCGUGGGCACACCUCCCCUACAGUUAUGUUUUCCUUUAAACUACUGGUGCUAAAUGUUUUUACUCCUCAGUGCAUCUCCUUUCUUACAGCAGACCUCCACUGCCAGCUCUCCAACACCGAGAAGCAUGUUUAGUUGUCUCUUUCUUUUUUAAAGCGACUCUGUUUUUCCUACAGUGCUGUUGUUUUUACCGUGCUCUCAGCCCAGGACAACAAAAAGGACUCGCUGUGCAGCAAAACUGGACAAAAAAAAGCUCCUCAGAGCUCAGAGAGGCUUGGAAAGGCCACGUUCCUACUGUUGUGAUCUAAACAAAAUGGAUAACUAUAGGAUUAAACUGUUUAUGCAGGUGCUGUUUCCAGUUUCUUUAAAAUAAGAAAUUGCUGCUUUAUUUUGAAAUUAUUAUAAACUGAAUAGUUUAAGUUUUGGACUGAUACAAGCUUGGCUGGUCUGUUUUGUCUUUUUUUUGUUUUUCUUUUAUUUGAUCAACAAAAUUGUAAAGUAAAAAAAAAAAAAGAAGAAGAAGAAAAAGCCACUUAUAAAACGAAUGGUUCCACAGGGUUGUGAUGUCGCUGUAUAGUGUGGUGUUAAUGCAAUAUAAAUAAUGUUGCUCCAACCAAAAAAAAAAAACAUGUUUUGAUUAGGAGGAAAAAAACAUCUGAAAGUCUAAAGAUUGCUGGAGGAGGUGGGGGUGGAUGGAUGGAUCAAAUCCAGGCCUUUCACACAGGACAUUUGAGUUUAGAGUCCACUGUGAUGUGAAAAGUUGGACCAAGUGACACACUCGGGCAGAAAAACAAGUAUGAAAAAGUGCAGUUCCUCUAGCGGCUCCUGCAGUGGAUCAGUCUAUGUUAAAAUGUCCAACUUUAAUUUGUUUAAAUAAACAUGUUUUCAGCCAGAUAUAUAAAAGGUUUUUUUUUUUUUGUUUUUUUUUUUUCUGGAUAGUUUCUUUAUUUAGAAAAACUGCACAGCUUGAAGUGGCCACUCUGACAAGUGCAUCAAACCAUCUGCUUUAUAUAGAUGAUGUCAUCUCCUCGCUUUCACAUUUUGGUUUUGAAACCUGCCUUUGUAACCAGGAGUGAUCAUAUUUGGUUGUAUUCAUAUUCGGAGGGUGCUGUGCUAAGUUUAGGCUAAUGCUACGCAGCUUGGUUAGCACAUUUCAUAUCGGUAAAGUUGAAACAGCACACAGACAUGCAUAUCUGCUUAUUGGUGCUAAGAAACUCUCUAAAACUGGAUGAUUUUUCUUUUGGAUUUUUGUUUAUAGACAGGUCCAUGUUGACACAGGCAGCUGUAGAUGUUAGCUCCUAGGGUGCACUGUAUCCUUGCUAACCAAACUAGCUAGCAUUAGCUGAUAGCUUGGUACACCAGUUUUCAUCCAGUCUUUUCAAUUCUGGCUCCAAAAAACAACAUGGUUGGAGGCCAAAAUGUGAAGUCCAGAAUCCAGCAGGUGAUUGCACGGUGACUUCGUCCAUCUUUUAUCUUUUUUUACUCCCACGAAUCGGCAAAAUUGUGACAUCACAACUGUGUGACUGGUCCUGGAGCAACAUUAAAAUGAUGAGGGGACACCAGCAUGGCGGCACAUGGUGUAGUAGCUGAACACGCCCACUACACCUGUUAUAUAUAUAAAUGUAAAUAUGACUGUAAAAAAAACAAACGAUAGCUUUGUGAUAUGUAUGUUUUUGAAACUUAAACACCAUCAGUGACAUUUUACUUGGUAUUAUUAGUUAAAGGACCAAAAUGGGAUUCAUUUUCUGCAGAUUUCUUUGCUCUUAUGUGUCCUGCGUCAUGUGACACCUGGAUCCCUGCUGCCUUCAUUACUUUGACAGUUAACCCCGGGGACAUGCCGGGUAAAGAUUAGACAUGACAGACAAAUCGCACCGGCAGCGUUUCAGUCUUCACAGGGAAUUUUAUUUUGAAAAUUAAAACCGUGCUCCUGUAUAGACUGUAUAUGAAUGUUGGAUGCAUCUAUUGUGGACCCUCUGUGUAGGUUUUUGGCGUUUUUUGCGAAACGACACGAGUAGUAAACGAGUAGUAAAGCCUGGAGUUCUUCCAUUCUCCUGAAAGAGGGUCUCAAAAACACUCGAGGGCACUGCCCCACAUUUGUAAAUGAAAAUAUUUCAUCAACCCACCCACUAGUAACAGAGUCAGGCAGUCCGGGUGCUGAUGUUUUACCCAUGCCAUUGUAGCCUAAAUGCAGUACGAGCCUCCAGAUGUGGGCAGCUGUGAGUCCAUGGAAGCAUAACGUCAGACAUGAUCAUUUGGAUGUAUUUAGAGCUGUCUUUUUUGUUUUGUUUUAAAAAGCUUUAUGCCUGCUGGCGACUGAUCCAGCCUGCUGAAAUCUGCAGAUCUGAAACCUUUUCUCCGUUCACGAGACCCAGCAGCGUUUUGCACAAUACGGGAGGAGCCGUGUCGGCCAAACGAGACUUUUCUUUAACAAUAAUGUAAAACUAGCUCCAGUCACAAUGGUUUUCUAUUAAAAUGGACAAUUUUGUAAUAAUA